AUGGCUCACAAGAAGUCCCAACAGCAGGAAAUGGUCCAGGUUGGUUCGUGUCUUCUCUGCUUCGGUUAUCCCCCACGACCAUCUUCGCCGUUUUGGCGAGGGCGGCCAUCGACACCUCGCCAGACCUCGGGACAGUCGACAAAAGUGUUUGGCGCCUCAUACUCCCACGCCGAUAUGCUCAAAUUCGAGUCAUUAAAUCUGGGGCCGCAUUCGAGGCCAAGGACACCUCCUGCGACGUCAGCCCGACCAUCGCAGACUCCUCCACCAGACAGGCCGCAUUUCCAAUCUCCAGAACGAAAACCUUACACAAGCUACACCUCAUCUGCAUUGGGCGAAAGCUGGGACUUGGCAGGCGGAGGAGAACUCGAGGGAGAUGACGAUGAUUUGGUCUAUGAGGACGAUGAAGAUGAAUUUGGGCUGCCCAGCAUUGCAAGCAUGCGUCGAAAACGGAGCAUGAAGAACAAGGCUCUGAAGGCGGACCAAGUUUCAUAUCCGAGUCCGUCACAGACUACGUCUGCGACGGCUCUGGCACCGUCCCCAUUUCCACACCCUGUCAGAUCAAACAGUUUCGAUAUCGCCGAAGAGCGGAAUCCGCUGUCAUACCCAAGUACAAAGAAGGGAGAAGGCAAGAUCCUGAGGCCUCAAUACAAGGAUAUUCUAAACGAUCCAGCAAAUUCCCUUCACCUCAUCAAUUUCCCUUCCUUACCCUCGAAUGCGACACCCAAAGAAGCAGAGGCCCAUAGCACACGGAUAUCCCGAAUCAACAAGUUCAAACGAAUCUUACAAGCGAGUUCGGUGUCUUUGCCAGACUUGCGAGCUGCAGCAUGGUCAGGGGUGCCCGAAGAGGUACGUGCAAUUACAUGGCAACUCUUACUUGGACAUCUGCCAACCAACAGCGAACGACGUGUCACAACACUUGAGCGAAAGCGGAAGGAAUAUCUUGAUGCUGUGAACCAAGCUUUCAGUUCGGGAACGAUGGCUAGCCGGAAUGCGUCGAGCACAGGACUUGCGGGGCUUGCUUCACAGCCACCCGUCACCACCGGCCGUGGGCGAGGACUAGACGAGGCAAUUUGGCAUCAGAUCAGCAUUGACGUGCCUCGGACAAACCCUCAUAUACCGCUGUAUGGGUUCGAAGCUACUCAACGAUCGCUCGAGCGCAUUCUCUACGUUUGGGCUAUCCGUCAUCCAGCAAGCGGAUACGUGCAAGGAAUCAAUGACCUAGCUACGCCAUUUUGGCAGGUAUUUCUGGGCACCUAUAUCACGGACUUGAAUAUCGAAAGUGGAAUGGAUCCAGGACAACUACCGAGACCGGUAAUCGACGCCGUCGAGGCAGACACGUUUUGGUGCCUGACGAAGCUGCUGGACGGUAUCCAGGACAAUUACAUCGUUGCGCAGCCUGGGAUUCAUCGUCAAGUUGCUGCUCUGCGAGAUUUGACGACCAGGAUUGAUGCAGGCUUGGCCAAACAUUUUGAAAGUGAGCACGUGGAAUAUAUGCAGUUCAGUUUCAGGUGGAUGAACUGCCUAUUGAUGCGAGAACUGAGCAUCAAGAGCGUCAUUCGCAUGUGGGACACAUAUAUGGCCGAAGAGAAUGGCUUUUCCCAGUUUCACCUCUAUGUGUGCGCAGCAUUCCUCGUCAAGUGGUCUGACAAAUUGAUGAAGAUGAAUUUCCAGGAGAUCUUGAUGUUCUUGCAAGCAUUGCCAACUCGCGAAUGGACAGAAAAGGAUAUCGAGCUUCUAUUGAGCGAAGCGUUUAUUUGGCAAAGCCUGUUUCGCGGCUCAAGAGCGCAUCUGCGGACUCAGAACAGCACCGUGCCGAUGGGUUCACUUGGUCCUUCCACUUAA